AUGGACUCGCGUUAUGGCGUUGAGCUGGUGAGGGUGAAGAAGCUUGGGAGUUUCGUCCUCAAGCUGGAAGGCGCGGGCGCGUCACUAACAAACAACCAAACCAACCCACCAGCCCACCAACCCACCUACACCAGCCUUUUCGCACCCACAGCGCCCUCAUGCCGCGAACCACGCCUCUGCAUGGCCUCCCUUCGCUCAAUCGGGGUCCAUAGGCCGGCCGCUUUGCAGUACCUGGUCAGCGAAUCCAUCCUCAGCGAAGACUGCACCGAGCGCGACUAUGUCUGGGACACCUACGCCGAUGAGAACCCCGAGCGCCUCACCGACGAGGUAGUCACCACUGAACACCAUGUUGUCUGGUCUCGAGGCGGCAUCGUUCGCAAGGUCUUCAACUUUGCGAUCGAGAAAGAGAAGGUCAUCCAGGCGUUGCUCACAUGGUUUCCUGUCGAGGAGCCCACGGGUGCCGGCACACAAGGUCUGGGACGGGUGGCAGAGCACAGCAGCCAUGAACAGUCGAGGGCCUUCCUCACACAGGGAAUGCAGCCAGCUACGGACCCAAGUGCUUCAGCAGAUGAUGCUUCGAAUAUCGUUGAAACGAGGGCCCGGGCGCUGGUUGUCUUCCUCAGGUCCCAGGCCCACGUCUUCUUCCUCUCUGGGACUACACAUAUUGUAAAUCUUCCAUUUGAAGUCGACAGGGCUUUCCCAGCGGCGCGUGGAGUUGUGGUGCAGAGGAGGAUUGCACCCAUCGUUCACGUUCCCUCAAGCCCCAAGCUGCCUAUGGCUCCUCCCAACUCAUUCCUUACGAACACACAAUCGUUCCUGUCGCAGGGUCUUUCCCAAAGCUUCACACAAGCGCACCGUCGCAACAACUCUUCUCUUGCCACAACACACGGCACGAAAGCCCAUCAGAACGGUUCAGCGCUUUUUCUUGGCGAUCUGCUCAAGUCAUCGGCAGCUCCAAACACAGAAGGGCUUCCCAGGCUAUUUUCUUUCACAGAUCCAUUAUCGGAGCUUGGUUUAGUAGUCGAGCGCAGUAGUCUGCUGACAAAGAGCGGCUCAGACCACCAAAGACCAAGCCAAGUCGUCAACAAAGCUGAGGAGGUUCUCUAUGUCUCGCCUCACAACGAGGUUCUGUUUGAUCGCAGUGGUAACGACAAGCCUCUUCUGCUAGUCGUUACGGCCAAUUACGAGACCAAUGUAUUUACCAUCUGGUCCGCAGCGUACCUCGAACCCAAAUCUAUAUCAGCUUCUCGUAAACAUCAUACACCUAUUCCACUCUCCAAGUCUCGGCGACGAAGUUCGCAUGGUGCUACCUCUACAGGAACGGGCGCGACUACGCCUGCGAUUCGAGGUAGUGAUAGGCUAAGAGACAGUCUUGGCGGAGCUCCACGUAGCAAGCCGCCUGUACCGUCUUUUAGAGAGGUCUCGCAGACAAGAGGACGACUGACAGACCAGGCGGUGGAUGAUGCGCUUGCUUCACAGCUCAAUCCAGACUUCAAUAUAGAUCGGUUACCCAAAGAGUCCAGGCGCGUCAGCUCGUUGCUCUCGCGAGCUGAGCUGUCAACGAGCUUUGAUAGAUCAGCUUUCCAGGAUCUGGCCACACAUCGGACCAGCCUAGGCGGCAGCUUCGGUGCGAGUCAACGCAGCCGACGCUCGCUGGGAAAUGAACGGACAAGCCUGGGAGGUUACUCGCAGUCGCGUAAUCGAGCUUCUACGCCUGGCAGCAUUGCUUCGCGUAUGAGCUUCGGCGGUGCGGAUAUCGACGAUACCCUGGACGAUACUAUGGAGGAGAGCACGUACGAUAUCAUGGAGGAGUACAACGAGUACGAUGAUGUCUUCGCAUCCCCCGAAGAUGGGGCUGAACCACAACCGGCCGAUGGACUACGAAAGGAGCUGGUCAUGACUGUGGUUGAUCAAAUACCCGCGACCCAGUACCUGAAGAGCGGCAUCUUCGCAUUGAGUGAUCCCACAGUGACAAAAAAAGACAACGAGCGUUCCAAGGUCUUGACUCUUAACGCGCCUUUCAACUCUGCAACACUGCAUGAGCGGAAGCUCUACCUUUACAUCUCGCACUCCUCGCUAAGCGCGCCGCUCGAAUGUGAGAUUGCGGUAACGCGAAAACGCCUGGAUACUCCACCAUCGACGCUUCGCUCUCAACCGAGCAGUGCCGUCGUUCGGUAUGCGUGUUGGCCUAAACUGGUGGAUACCAAGCAACUUGGGGACGCUAUCGAUCUGGCCAAAAUCAGAGACGGUCACAUUGAACGAGUUGUUUUACUCAGUUCCUCUAAGCCCACGGAGCCAUGCUUGUCUCUAGCCGCAGGUUGGGGUACCCAGUUGCCUCUGAAGAUGAACCUAGGGCCACUCAAGCUUUUUGAUCCGUACGCUAUCCAUGAACACAGGCACCGAGGUACCGCUGGACUCAAGAGGACUAUAACUCCACGACGACCUCUGCAGCAACUCAUUUCGCCCGGACGUGCGAGUCAGCUCGAAAUCGUCGAUGCCGAUGCGAGAAGGCAUCGCGUAGAGGCCAUACUUGCACCGACGGAUCAGGUUGUUCGAGACUAUUUCCGUGUAAUUUCUACCAUUCUUCCCAACUAUGCGGGUGACUUUCUUCUCCAGAUCUGGUGGACUAUACGGAAAUCAUUAUCUGGCAGUUCUUCCAGCAGCGACUGGAUAGCCUUUGUUUCCACUCUGUUUACACUUGUGGUACCUUUCUUGGACGACAAGCCACGGAGAGCAAACAGUCGGGCGAAGUCUCACCAACGACGUAGUUCAGCACGGCCUUCAACCCAAGCCAAGCCUGACGAAGCUGUAGAUGACGAAGAUUCAGCUUGGCACCUGAUGUGCAACCGUCAGAAUUUGCAACCACAAGCAAAGAGCUGGACUUCUUCGUCAUGGGCAUGGGCGUUGCACUCCAGUCCAGCAGCCGCAACAAUGGGCCCGCCUUCCAGGCGCACAUCCGCGCACCAGACCGGCCCUAUAGCGCCGCAGCUCAAAACAAAGCAGAACCUGUUAAUCGAUUGUUUAGACAACGCUCGACAGUUUUGUCAGACACAACUAGGCAAGACGGCUAACGACCAUUGGCGGCGACUGUCACCAUCUGAGAAACAAGACCUGCGCAUAUCAUCCCUUGCAGAGGUCUUAGUCUCUCUUCAUCUGCAUUGCGAGGAACGUAAACUGGAUGUUUUGUCCCAGGACCCAGCAGGUUCACGGAUCGGGAACCUGAUUCCAGUACUAGCCCAGCUCAGCCAUUGGCUUCGGUGGGAAGGAUGGGGAUGGCAGAAAGGUGGCUUCUAUGAUCUUGGAGGUGCCUCGAGUGAUGACUGGACGUACGAUGAAUCGAGCUUGAGCUCCAGGGUUCGACUGCACGCGCGGCCGUCGGACGCACCACCACCCUCGAUUUUGGAUUGGCUCAGCACCGUUGUAGGGCCUCGACGUUAUGCUCCAUUCCCCACACUAGCGAUGCUCAUCCGGAAGUCCAAAGCAUCUCCUCAUUCAUCAAUCAAUAUUGACGAGAUUGUUGCUAGUGUGACUCCAAGGACCAUGGCGUUGCACAGGUUCUUCCGCGAUAUCGAUCCAACAUCCAGCCCUCGCAAGGUCGUGGAGCUGAUCGAGGCCUGUGCAAUUAGCACAGAUAUGAUUGUCACUUUACCAGAGGCCGCAAAAGCACCGCUGAUGGAAGCCAUCACCAGGUGUCAAGCCAACCCACCUACCACCUGGUCAAGUUCGCUACUCAAGCUCGUUCAACGCGAAGAUCUUGACCUCAUCUCGGCUUCAAAUGGGGAUGUCGUUCACGACGUCCACCACAACCCUAUCUACAUGGCUGCGGCAACACGCGAUAUCCACGCGAUUUGCCAAGGAGCCGAUCGAUCAGAGCCGGUCCAAUCUACAGCUGAAGUUGAUCGUCACUACAUUACCAGACUGAUUUUCCGUGAAGACAGGCGAUUCAUGGAAGCACAUACACUCCUGGAGCCUUUGAGGCAAACAGUUGCUGAGUAUCGUGCCGACAGCAGAUCUGACGAAGCUGCGAUUCUAGAAGGACAGAAGAUCAUGAUGCAAUGGGUCAUGAUUCGCACCUUCUCACUGCCUGUUGGUAGCUCCAUGAUCAAGUUCAGCAGCAAAAAGCCACUGUUGACUGAGAAAUACCCUCUAUAUGGCUUCUCUACAUCAUGCCUGAUGAAACCUAUGGGCAACGUUGUCACGGCCGAACGUCAGAACUACUCAGAGGAGAAAUACUUUUGGGCUUUCUUUAACGCAGGUGCUGCCGCAGGUCUGAGCAUAUCUCGAGACGCUCAAGGUAUCGAUACCUCUUGGAUCAUGUACAACAAACCCGCCGAAUUAACCAACAAGCAUGCGGGCCUUUUGCUCGGUCUUGGUUUGAAUGGCCACCUACGCACAAUCGCCAAGUGGUUGUCGUUCAAAUAUCUCACCCCUAAGCACACCAUGACGUCUGUGGGUCUGCUCCUAGGCUUGUCCGCGUCGUUCAUGGGGACAAUGGAUACGCUUGUGACACGUCUGCUGUCUGUCCAUGUGACUAGGAUGCUACCACCGGGGGCAGCAGAGCUCAAUCUGUCUCCGUACACGCAGACGACUGGGCUGAUGGGCAUUGGUCUACUGUACUACAACACACAACAUCGACGCAUGAGCGAAGUCAUGCUCUCAGAGAUAGAGCAUGUCGAAGUCCCAGAUCCAUCGGAACCACCAGACUCUCUGCGCGACGAGGCCUACAGACUGUCCGCAGGCUUUGCCCUAGGUUUUAUUAAUUUGGGCAAGGGCAGGGACCUGGGUGGUCUUCGUGACAUGCAAAUCGUUCAGCGCUUGAUGACAGUUGCCGUGGCACCGAAGUCAGUCAACGUCGUUCACAUUCUUGAUCAAGCGACUGCCGGUGCAGUCAUUGCCAUUGCGUUGAUCUACAUGAAGACGCAUGAUCGCAUGGUCGCCCGCAAGAUUGAUGUGCCAGAUACGCUUCCGCAAUUCGACUAUGUCCGACCAGACAUAUUUCUCCUUCGGACUUUAGCAAAGCAUAUCAUCAUGUGGGACGAUAUUGAAGCAAGCGAUGACUGGAUGAUCAAUAAUCUACCAGUAGAGUACCGGGAGAACUUCGACCUUAAGAGCAUUUCCAAACUACGCAGCGAGCAAAUGCCGUUUUACAAUAUUGUUGCCGGUCUGCUUUGGAGCAUUUCCCUCAAGCACGCAGGCACAGGCGACGUACAAGUCCGGGACUUCUUAGUCAGAUAUCUUGACCAAUUCAUGCGCAUCGCCAAGCUUACGUCCAUCCGCUACGACUCCCGCCUUGCCCGGAACACGGUUCGCAACUGCCAGGACCUCAUCGCUCUCUCUGCCGCUACUGUCAUGGCUGGCACUGGUGACCUUGACGUCCUCCGCCGUUUGCGUGCACUUCAUGGCCGCAUUGGCCCCGACACACCGUACGGCAGCCACCUUGCAGCUCAUAUGGCGUUUGGCGCGCUCUUUAUCGCUGGCGGCACGCAGACUUUUAGCAGGAGUAACAAAGCUGUUGCGAGUCUCAUUUGCGCUUUCUACCCGCUCUUCCCCUCGGAUGUCCAGGAUAGCCGCGCUCACCUGCAAGCCUUCCGCCACUUCUGGGUAUUGGCUGCUGAGCCGAGGUGUCUUGUGGUUCGCGACGUAGAUACAGGACGCGCAAUGAGUAUGCCCAUCACAAUACAUUUCAGGGAUGAUGCGCAGGCUUCCAAGAGUCUAGUGGCGCCCUGCUUACUCCCAGAGGUCAGGGAGAUCAGUCGCAUCGAAACCACAGACGUAAACUACUGGCCCACAACCCUCGAUUUCGUCAACAACGCGAGCCACCUCCACGCUUUCCAGAAGAACCAAACACUUCACGUCCGCCGCAGAAGCGCCCGAGACACAUACUCCACCUCGUUUUCCGCUACCCUCGUCGCGCUCAAUGAAGCCCAAUCCUCGCGUACUUCGCACCUUCUCUUCCACUGGAUCUUCAGCAUCCCUGCUGUCGCCGAGUUCGUCGGUACGAGUGACGCCGCGCUCGUCCUUCCCGUCGAUCCGCACUCCAAGACGCUGCUCGAUCCCAGGAGUACCGUUGUGGAGAGCCGGCUCGUGCUGGGCAGGCUGGGGAAGAGUUGGAGAGUCGAUGAGCUGAGGGAGCUGAGGGGCGUGUUCGAGUGGGCUGAGAUGGAGAGUCGGAAGGAUGGCAGGCUGAGGUGGUUAGGGAGGGAGGUUGUCGAGCGGUUGAGGGCGGGUGUGCUGGAGCGAGGACGGCAGAUUGGGGCCGGUUAG